UGGCAAUUUAUUAUUUUUAUUUACGUACCUACCACAAUUCAUAACAUUGCAAUCAAAUUAUUUUAAUAAAUCGUUGUCUUAUCGCGAUAUAUUCGCAUGUAACUUGAGCAGUGUUAUCUCUCUUGUUAACGUUUCACGAGUAAGAUUAUGCCAAAUAAAUUGGUUAAUUUUUAUUUUAAACUGGUUUCGAUAUUCAACUUUGGUAUGUGCUUGUAAAAAUGGAGAAGACCGAGGAUAAUAAAAAAGACGAAACGACGGGCCAGAAAAAGGAAGUACCGUCUAACUUGCGGAAAGUGUGUUUAAUUUGUGGUGAUAGAGCGUUAGGUUACAACUUUAAUGCAAUAUCCUGCGAGAGUUGUAAAGCAUUUUUCCGUCGUAAUGCCCUUACUAACAAAGAAUUCAAGUGCCCCUUCUCGGACAAUUGCGAGAUAACAGUGGUUACGCGACGAUUUUGUCAGAAAUGUAGACUCGAAAAAUGUUUUUCAGUGGGUAUGGUGAAGGAAUUUAUAAUGUCAGAUGAGGACAAAGCUGAAAAAAGACGGAAAAUAGAAGAAAACAGAGCUAAGAAACGUCAGAUAUUAGAUGGUGAUGAAUCAGUAACAAGCUCUAAAAUAAGAAAGGAAGAUGUACCUCCAGCUAUUGAACCUACAAUACAACAUAAUGUUCUUAAUAGCACUACUUGUAGUCCAAAUAGCACAGUACAAUCUCCCUUAAGCACGGACAUGGAAAACUCAUUGAGUUCCCCACCUUUCUAUGGCUAUAAUUCACAACCAAGCUGUGAUACCCAGUAUGUAAAACUCCGACCAAUAAAUGAAAAAUUGAUUAUUAGUCGAGAUUUACAUGAAGCAAAGCUAGGUUAUAUGAACAAUCAAGUAGAUAGCAUGUAUUGUGAAACUACAAAACAAGACAGUAUAAAGUCAUUAUUAACCAAUGGAGACAAUAUAUCACAUGCAGUUAUAUCAAAUGAAAUGAAUCAUGAGGAAAUGCCAUCCACAAGUGAUGCUGAUGUCAAUAAAGCUAAAGAAAUAUUACAGGAUGUUGAAAGAAUUGAGCCUAACUCUAUGGAGUCAAUAUUGUGUGAAGCAAUAAAAUUGGAAUUUGAAGCUUACACAUCACUUACAAAUGUAAACAGUUCAUCUAGGGAACUCAACGAGGUAGAAAGAGCAAAGCUGAAUGAGCUUAUAGUAGCAAACAAAGCCCUCAACGCGCCCAUUGAUGACGAUGUCUCAGAACUUAUUGGAGAUACUUCCGGAUUUAAGGCAUUCAGCAAUAAACACGAUCCGCGUCUAGUGACAAUUGUUAACUUGACCGCGGUUGCAAUUAGACGGCUGAUCAAGAUGGCGAAGAAGAUAAAUGCUUUUAAGAAUAUGUGCGAAGAAGAUCAGGUAGCCUUACUAAAAGGCGGUUGCAUAGAGAUGAUGGUUUUGCGCAGUGCCAUGACUUAUGACGGACAAGGAGACCAGUGGAAGCUGCCACAUAGCCAGUCGUGUUUUAGCAGUAUCCGUACAGAUGUAUUAAAACUUGCGAAAGGCGACAUCUAUCGGUCGCAUGAGGCAUUUAUCAGGUCCUUCAGGCCGGAAUGGCGGACAGACGAGCACAUCAUACUGAUUAUGUCUGCAUUACUUUUAUUUACACCAGACAGGGCAAAGGUUGUGCAUAGAGAUGUUAUCAAAUUGGAACAGAACUCUUACUACUACCUCCUCCGGCGUUACUUGGAAAGCGUAUACCCUGGAUGCGAAGCGAAAUCGACCUUUUUAAAACUCAUUCAAAAGACCAUUGAACUGCGAAGAUUCGCGGCAGAAGUUACCGAGGUCUACUUAGACGUGAACCCCAUUGAACCAUUGCUUAUGGAGAUAUUCGAUCUUAAACAGCAUCCCGCUUAGGUGAGAAAAAUCAAAAGAAGUAAUGAGUAAAAUCUAAAACGCUGGUUUAAAGUUAUAAAAGCUUAUUUUCAAAGAAACUUUCGUCAUCGAAACAGCGUCCAACAAAAAACAGACGAACUAGGUUUAAAUUAAAUGCGAAGUGCCUCCUUUGAUUGCUCAUUUUUGUUGUCUAAGAAACGUUAAAUUAUUCAGAUGUGAAAUUUUAUUUGGUAAUAUUUUCGUUGGACAUAUUAAUCGUCUGGAAAAUCAAACAAAUUUUGAUAUUGCUUACUUCACUUAAUAGGCUUUUUUAGGUAAUCAUUUGACGCAAUUAUUUAAAAUCUGCAUUUACUUUUUGGCCUUAAUGGUCAUUUUCAACUUGAACAAAACUACCCAUGGUGCCAAUAUUUGGAUGACGCAUCAUGUUCUUAUAUUGUCAAUAGAUAUUAGCAGUUGAGAUUCGUCGAUCAGUGUUGAUUUGCACCAUUAUUUUUGUUAAUAUAUUUUAUAACUUGCUAGUUAUUAUGUUGUCAAAAUUUCGAAGUUUAUUAGUCCUAGUUUUUAGUUUCUCAAAAUUCACAGUUGACAUGUAGUACACUACACUAUUUUAAAUCUAUAUGCAUUCUUGUUUAAGAGAAAUACCAAAAAUUAUGAUAAUAUUUUGUCCAACUCUGGAUGUUAUUUAUUACUAAGUAUAUUUUUGUAAAUAUAUUGUUGUAAAU